AUGAGUAGCAGUAAACUAGCCAAGGAUGAACAAAGUUUAAAAUGCCAACAAUGUCACCUACCAUUACAAUUCGACGAUUCAUUACUUGAUCUAAGUUUAAACCAAAAAAGUUCACUAAUUGAUUCUGUCCCUAUGGACCAGCAGCAGUUAGCUUCACAACCUAUCUUUAAAAUACCUAAGGAUAGAUUACAAAAGUUACAAUCCAUUAAAAAUAUCAAUGAUUUACCACCUGCAUUGAAAGCUGGUACGACCCUAGAUUCUUAUGUUUAUCUGAAAAAAUCACAACUGGGAAAGGAAGAACGAGAAAGGCAAGAUGUUGAAGAAGAAGAAGGGGAUAAUGAAAGUAUUCCUUCAGGGAAUGGGAAAACAUUAUCAUCCCAAAUUAAUGCAUUAUCAAAUAUUUUCAAUAUAUUGUCUUCGAAGACAAAGAUUGAUUAUCCCGUUUGUCAAGAUUGUUGUAAUUCCAUGAUACAGGAUUUGAAGAAUCAAUAUGAUGAAGCUAUUAAAGAGCGAGAGACCUAUACAGCUUUCUUGAAUAAGUUGGAAAUGAAAGUGACGACUGAACCUGAGAAUAGCAGUGAUAAGAAAUCAGCUUCUACCGAUAGUUUAAUUUCAAUUGAAGAUCUAAAAUCUACUAGGAAUUCAUUAUUUGAGGAACUAUUAAAGUUAGAAAAAGAAGAUGAGGAAUUGGAUAGACAAAUUGAAGAUUUGAAAGAUGAGCUUGAACAGAAAGGAAUGAAGGAUUUAAACGAAAUGGCAGAAGUUAAUAAAACGCAUUUAGAACAAUUGCAAUUCAUUCAAGAAGUUCAAUCUUUACAAAAUCAAUACGAUUCUGCUUUGACGGAUUUGGAUGAAUUGAGGAAAAUAAAUAUCUAUAAUGAAACUUUUAAGAUAGAUCAUAACGGGCCAUUUGGUACCAUUAAUGGUUUGAGAAUUGGUGGAUUUGAAGAGUGUAAAGUUCCAUGGAGAGAAAGAAACGCAGGUAUUGGUCAAAUAAUACUUUUACUUGCCACUAUCGGAAAUAGAUUGAAUUUCAAAUUGAAAGGUUAUAGAUUAAGGCCCAUGGGAUCUUAUUCCAAAAUAAUGAAGCUGAGUACAGAAUCACAGGAUUGGAUAAGCUAUGAAGCCUUCCAUGAAGAAAAUUUUAAGAUAGGAAGAUUAUUCCGGAAAGAGACUGAUUUUGAUAAAGCACUAGAAUGUUUGUUAGAUAUCGUUCAACAAAUGGCAGAUCGUCUACCUAACUCACCUACCGACACUACCAAUGACGAAAGUUCCUUAGUGGCCCCAAGCUCUGCCGUAAAUGAAACUGUAGAACUACCGUACAUCAUGCAUAAAGAUAAAAUAAAUGCUAUCUCUGUUAAACUUUAUGGUGCAGAACCGAACUUACCAUGGACCACUGCAAUGAAAUUCUUUUUGACUAACGUGAAAUGGUUACUAGCAUUCUCCUCCAGUAAGCUUGCCUCCUGA